GUUUGACAAUAUUCACUAAAGUGUAAAGCAUUUAUAGUCGUACACAACUAUUUUAUUUGUUACGGAUUGAUUGAUUGAUUGGAGAGUCAAAAGAAAUGUCAAAAGCUCUUUUCGCAGGACUCGUUGCAGCAGGCGCAGCAGUGGCUGGUCGUUAUGCUGUACAAGCUUGGAAGAGAAUACAAACCUUACCUGCUAGACCCAGAAUUCCCCGACACAUGGCCGGUGGUUUCGAACCCGAAAUGACCAGAGAAGAAGCUUUUCAGAUUCUAGGUUUAAGAAAAGGAGCCUCUUUAGAUACUAUUAGGUCGGCUCAUCGUCGUUUGAUGCUCUUAAAUCACCCCGAUAGCGGUGGAAGUACUGUCAUAGCCUCUAAAGUGAAUGAAGCAAAGGACUUGCUCUUAGGAAAGCGGCCAACGAGGACGAAGCUUUAGGUUGGGUCUAGAGAAUAUGGAUAGUCAGAAAGUAGAAAUAGAGAAGAUUUUAUCUCAACUAACUUGAAAUUUUUUUGUUCGAGUAAACUGAUGAUGGGUUUGAUAGUGUUGUGUUGUGUUUUUACAAGAAAAUAAGCCGAAAACUG